AUGUCCUGCAGCAGCGCUCCCACUAACGCCGAAAGCCUGGAGGGCUUCCACGAGGUCAACCUGGCCUCGCCCACCACGCCUGAUCUGCAGAACCAAGCGGAGCAGCGUUCUCCCACCUGCCACAGCACGCCGCCCACCUCCCUGUACCGCACCCACUCGCUGGGGGCGCCGCCCGCCGGUUUGCGGGCCGACCAGCUCCCCACGCGGCCCGUCUAUUCCACGCCGCCGCACGCUCACAAUGGCGGCGUACCUGAGGCGGACGCGACGGACAUCAACUUCCUGUCGUGCGACGACGGUGAGGAGUGCGGCACGUUGGCCGAGAGCUUUUCGCGCCUACGCAGCCCUUCGGUCAUGGAGGUGCGAGAGAAAGGAUACGAGCGCCUGAAGGACGAACUGGCCAAAGCGCAGAGGGAGCUGCUGUUAAAGGAUGAGGAGUGUGAGAGGUUGUCAAAAGUGCGCGAUCAGCUGGGCCAGGAGCUGGAGGAGCUCACCGCCAGCCUCUUCCAGGAGGCCCACAAGAUGGUGAGAGAAGCCAACGUCAAGCAGGCCAACGCCGAGAAGCAGCUGAAAGAAGCUCUGGGCAAGAUUGACGUCCUCCAGGCGGAGGUGCAGGCCCUCAAGACCCUGGUCCUUUCGUCUCCCACCUCACCCGUGGGCGAGCUCCCCAACGUGGGCGCCAAAACGGCCUUCCGGAAGGGUCACAGCCGAAACAAGAGCACCUCCUCCGCCAUCUUGGGGACGCAGCCCGACCCGUCCGCCACGCAGCCCAUCGUGCGGGAGUGUCGAGAGGCGGACGCGCAGCUCUUCAGUGAGUUCAAGGCUUGGAAGGAGGAUCCCACGCUGGACCGCGGCUGCUGCUUUCUGGAACGAGUUUACCGCGAGGACAUUUACCCUUGCCUCACCUUUAGCAAGAGCGAGCUGGGGUCGUCCAUCUUGGAAUCGGUGGAGCGAAACACGCUCGGCGUGGAGCCGGUGGGAUUCCAGCCGUUGCCCGUCGUCAAAGCCUCGGCCGUGGAAUGCGGCGGACCAAAGAAGUGCGCCCUUAGCGGUCAGACCAAAACCUGCAAGCACAGAAUCAAGUUCGGGGACUCGUCCAACUAUUACUUUGUGUCGCCGUAUUGCCGAUACAGGAUCACGGCCGUGUGCAAUUUCUUCACGUACAUCCGUUACAUCCACCAGGGGCUGGUCAAGCAGCAGGACGCCGAGCAGAUGUUCUGGGAGGUGAUGCAGCUGCGCCGCGAGAUGUCCUUGGCCAAGCUGGGCUACUUUAAAGACAACCUGUGA